GAGCAACUUCAAACUCCUGCCCCAGGCCUGGACUUUAUGAGCAAGUCCUUGAAAGGGCCUUCCCUCCAUGACUCCUAGUCAGUUGGGGGUGUCUCAUCUCCAAGCCCUCUCACUCCGAGGCUGCCUUAUACCCCUGCCACUCUUUGUUCCAUCCAUUGGUUGGCCAGGGCUCACUGCCAAGCAGCAUGGGCCUAGCUAGCAUCCCUAGCACAUCACUGAUAAGAGGGUGGGAAUGGAAGUUCACCAAGAGUUUGCAUGCCUGACCCCACCAACUAUCAGUGACGAGGCCAGGAAGGCGUGGCUGUCCCCAUUUUAUAGAUGAAGAAACUGAGGCUCAGCUGGGCUAGUGACUAAGGGAAGCAGCAUGUGAUACGUGGCUUGAGGCAUCUCUCUUCAUCCUGAGUAACUCGGAAGGCAAUCUGGCUCCCUAAGCGUGUAAUGUUUCAGGGACUGGUAGAGCUUCUUUCUGGGAACUCUUGCUAGAGUCAGAAGCACAUCCCCAGAUGGUGGCAGGGUCCUCCAUUUACUCCCCUAGGACCUCUUGGGUGGGCACUUCUGACUUCACAGGGCUUCCCUAAGAGGCCAGGUCCCAAGGUGCAAGGAGGACUGGGUUCACUUACCUGGAAGCUGCCUCAGUGCUGGGCCACCCAGAUGCUCCCAUGAGUGAGAACCAGGUAACUGCAACUCAGGGAUGACUAGACUUCUGGUCAGCGUUGCAACCUUCUCUACCUUGGGCCAGGCAUGACCCUCAUUUUCCCUACUUCCCCAGACUGUCCAGUGGAGGCUGCAAGGCCACUCUCCUGAGCUGAGUUCUUGGGAAUAGGGAGGGCAGCAGCCACCACUCCACUUGUAUUCCCUGGCCUGGGGGCUGCUUGGGUCCCCAGGCUCACAAAAUGCUACACCCCUGACUGGGUCACCCGAGGGAUAGUAGGCAGCGGGGCUGGAAGUUCUCGGUCUUCUCUGGAUACACAGCUGUGCCCAGACUGCCAUGAGUCCAGGGGACUGGCAGGGCUGAGGUCCCCAAAUGCCUCUCACCCCACAGGGCACUAAGGCCUCUUGCCUUGGGAGAGGGGUAAUGUCCGAGAACCGAGCUCUGUCCGGCCUCAUGCCCCCGGUCCCUGCCCCUUGUGGGGUCUCAAGUUAUGGGGUGUGGGGGUCUCAUGCUGCCAGAGGAUCACUUCUCCAGCCACAGCACUGGGGUGGCCCCACCCAGCUUCUUCCUUCUGCCGCCUGUGCUGACUCACCACCAGGGUGAGGGCUUGUGUCCCGGAGCCCGGCCGGGCAUCAGAGGCAUCUAUAAAAGCAGACUGCUCCAGGCCCCAGCAUCCUGCUUGAUUACCACCUGUUGCCACACAAUGCUGGGAGGCCUGGGGAAGCUAGCUGCCGAAGGCCUGGCCCACCGCACAGAGAAGGCCACCGAGGAAGCUGUUCACGUUGUGGAGGGAGUGGUGAAGGAGGUGAUAGAUCAUGCUAAGGAGGCUGGAGAGAAAGCCAUUGCUGAUGCUUUAAAGAAGGCCCACGAGUCGGGGGACAAAGUGGUAAAAGAAGUCACUGAGACAGUGACCAACACAGUCACGAAUGCUGUCACGCAUGCAGCAGAAGGCCUGGGCAAACUGGGACAGUGAGCUUGCCUGCCACCGUCAGGCUCUUCCUGAAUCGCAAUAAAAAGCUGAGAUUAAAUGUG